AUGACUCCACUUUUUGAAUAAGCUCAUAAUUACUUAGAAUCAUCCAGAUAAUAUACUAAUGUUUUAGUCCAUUGUCAUGCAGGCAAAUCAAGAUCUACAGCAAUCGUUGUCUCCUAUUUGAUGAAAAAAAGAAAUCUUAACCUAGAAUAAGCUUUAAUAUAAGUUAAAUACUAGAGACCCAUUGUCUCCCCAAAUCCUGGCUUCAUCAAAUAACUCUUAUUAUAUGAGCAAAAUCUUUAUGGUAGAAUUACUUCACUUCUAAAUGAAUCAAUCACUCCUUAUUUUCAUAUACAACAAUAAAUACAACCAAUAUAACCUUCUAAUACUCCUCAAAAACUAAGAACAUCCUUAUAAAUCUUAGAAAAUAAUUCUGAUUCAAAAAAACAACCCUUUAAUUCUUCCAUUAGAUCUAUUCCUACUAGUUUCCAAAUCAUUAUGUAAUCUCCACCUUAAUAAACAUAAUAAAUCAAUAACCAAUAUCCAUAAUUUACUACUCCUUAAAUAUCGAAAAAUUCAAAUGGAAAUACCUUUUCUUACCAACAACCUAUUUUAAUUCCAUUUACUGUUCCAAUAUCCAAAGAUAUUAUUUCAGCACUUAAAACCAAUAGUGAGUAAUAAAAGGUAGAAUGA